ACAAGUUGCAUUAGUAGGUAAGAAAGAAAUUUAUCCACGAGUUUGUUUGAGCUUAAAUAUGGCAUUCUUUAGGCGGUAGUGGAUGUGGAAAGUCGACAACAGUACAGUUAAUUGAACGCUUUUAUGAUCCAAUGAUAGGCCGAUUAGUAAGUAAAUAAUAAUAGUGUUAUAUCUCGCUCAUCAAACAUAUUCACAUUUUCCUCUUCAAUUAGUUGGCGGAUUCAAAAGAUAUACGAAGUCUUGAUUUGGAAUGGUAUCGAUCACAAAUUGGUAUCGUAUCUCAAGAACCUAUUUUAUUUGAUAUUUCAAUCAAGGAUAAUAUUGCUUAUGGUGAUCAUUCAAGAGUGGUUUCUACCGAUGAAAUAAUAGAGGCAGCUAAAAGUGCUAACAUUCAUGAUUUUAUUCAGCAAUUGCCUGACGGUUAUGAUACUAAUUGUGGGAAUAAAGGAACACAGCUAUCAGGUGGACAGAAACAGAGAAUAGCGAUAGCACGAGCGCUUAUUCGCAAUCCAAAAAUUCUAUUACUCGACGAAGCAACAAGUGCAUUAGAUACAGAAAGUGAAAAAGUUGUACAAGAGGCAUUAGAUCGAGCGCAACAGAAUCGAACAUCGAUAACGAUUGCUCACAGACUUUCAACAAUUCAAAAUGCUGAUUUAAUUUGUGUGCUAAGGCAUGGAGUGAUAGUUGAAAGCGGACGACAUGAUGAGUUAUUAGCUAAACAAGGUUAUUAUUUCAGAUUAGCUCAAAAAAAGCUAAAAUAA